AUGGAGAACUGUAAUCCCGUGAUGACUCCAUUGGUAGUAAAUGAGAAGUUGGUGAAAGAUGAUGGUAGUGGUGAUGCUGAUGCGGUACAAUAUAGAAGUCUGGUUGGAAGUUUGUUGUACCUUACGAUUACAAGACCCGAUAUCAUGUAUACUACGGGUUUAUUAUCUCGGUUUAUGCACCGACCAAGCAAAAUUCAUCUUGGAGUUGCAAAGAGAGUGUUGCGAUACAUUAAAGGGACUAUGGAGUAUGGUCUCAUGUUUGAAAAAAAUGAUAGUGAAGAUAUUGAGUUGUUUUGGUUCUGUGAUAGCGAUUGGGCUAGAAGCAUGGAUGACAUGAAGAGUACAUCCGGGUAUUGUUAUUCACUAGGUUCAGGUAUUUUUUCAUGGGCCUCGAAAAAGAAAGAGAGAGUUGCACAUUCCUCCGCCGAAGCCGAAUACGUAUUGGCAAACGAAGCAACCAAACAAGUGGUUUGGCUAAGGAAGAUUUUAGAAGACAUGGGGGAGAAACAAGAUAUGGCUACAGUUCUCUUUUGCGAUAGCAAAUCGGCAAUUUCUAUGUCGAAAAAUGCGGUAUUUCAUAGUCGAACAAAACACAUCAACCUUAAAUAUCACUACAUUCGUGAAGCAGUGGAUGAUGAAGAAGUAAUGAUCAAGCACGUAAAGACUGGAGAUCAACUUGCAGAUAUCUUCACUAAAGCACUUCCUUUAAACAAAUUCGUCUACUUACGAGAUUUGUUAGGCAUGACCAACAAAAAUAUUGAGGGGGAGUGUUGA